AUGUAUUUGGAAAAUUUUGAACGUGGAUACCCUCUUCCUGGAAACGUCAUUGCAGAUGCUAAUCCUUACCAGUAUUUGCCCUCCAAUUUACCUGAUGGAAUAUGGUAUAUUGUAUCCUCAAAGGAUAAGAAAGAAACAGAACUUGGUUUCUGGAAGGGCAGAGGGGAUGCAUGUGAAAUAUUCACUAACUCUCUCAUAACGGGUUGGAGAACUACUCUGGAAUUUUUUGAGGGCCUAGCCCCUCAUGGACAAAGAACAGAUUGGGUGAUGCAAGAGUAUGAGAUCACUCGGAACAGACUAUGCUGUAACAGCAAGCUAGAGGAUUCAAAAUCACUAUGCAGAGUCUUUUGUACUGGUGGACCUCAAGAAAUUCACUCUGAAAAUGGUAGUGCCGCUAUUGAUGGUGGAAAGCACUCUGGUUCAAUGCCGUCAGCUAUUUCCAAAGCCUACUGUAGCACUGUACAAGCCUCUACAAGUACAUGCCAGGUGAAGAACAGGGAUGAUGAGGAGGUAUUAUUAGCUGUGGCUGAGAGUCUUCGAGAUCCUUCUAUAUUCACGUUGCCUGAACUCGAUUGUAUUUUAAGGGGUGACUACUUGGAAUUGGACGAUCUUGCUGACCCAGAAUCACAUUUUUCUAGUUCAGACAAUUCCUUGCAAUCGGAAGAGUAUUUUAAUUCACGGGCCCUUUUGCAAGACCUGGAGAAUGAACAUAACCAAGACUGGCAGAGAAAGGAUUCUAGUACCAAGUUCAGUGUAUCUACACCUGUUAGACCAAAUGAGGUGGUUAUGCGUCCGGCCACUCUAGGUAUGUCAAGAUGUUUUACCAGUUCUUGUGGUCCAAAUCCCCUUCCUUUAACAUACUACUAG